AUGGGCCACAGCGACUCGAUGAGCCCCGCCAAGAGCAGCGGCGGCGCCCCCUCCACAUCUUCUUCCUCCUCCUCCUCCUCUUCGGCCCCGCUGCAGCAGCAGCGCGUUGUUGCUGCAGGGUCGAGGAUCGCGGCGCUCGAGAAGCCCGUCCAUCACGACAACCCCGUGGAACCGGUGCGCGUCAAGCUGCAGGACCCCGUCGGGUACCCGUCGGACUCGCUCUGGUCCUCGGAGGGCCUCAAGGCCCGCUCCUCACUGCUCUUCUCCUCCUCGCAGGCGCUGGCCGAGCGGCCGGCCAGCUUCGCGCUGCGAGCCCCGCGGCUGCAGUCCAAGGCCGACUCGCGCUCCGUGCACAGCGCCCAGACGACGCCCCCGAGCGAGUCGGAGGAGGGCGACUCGGCGGCGGUGGACAACCAGAAGGAAGACCAAGACCAGCACGAGAGCGGCGGCGACGCCCCAUCUGAGAACGGGGGCGAGCUGCGGUCAUCGUGGGGAACGGCGCAGAAACUGCCGAGCAAGGACGAGCAACCAACGGACAACCAGGAGCCAGAGGCGAAUGGGCUGUCGUUGAGCCUGCAACUCCGGGAGCGCGAGACUGCUCGGCCUCGACGAGGCUCUGAGCCCCGCUCGGCGGACAUCUGGACGAACCCUCACAACGACUUCGAAGACGGCGAGUUUGACUCCACAGUCACCCCGACCACUUCGCCCGACAAGCUCAACCCGCGCGCGGUCCCAAGCUUUCCCCGCCCUAGCGCCAGUGCUUCGAGGAGCGGAUCGUCUCGUGGUGGCAGCCAAACUCAAAGUGGAGGUUGCCGUGUGCCCCCGGGCAUGUCUUUGAUCGACCGGAUCCAAGAGGACUUCCCGCGCACGCCGUCGCCCGAGUACGGGCAGUUCGACGAUGAAGGCUCGACUGGUCGCAGACCCUCGUUUGGUGGAAGGGACCAGCAAACGCAGUCGGUCUUCGGCAUCAGUGAAGGCAUGGGGCAGCUAAGGCUUGGCGACUACCGCGCCGCGCCGCUCUACGAUUCCAGCCGCCGUUCCGGCCACGACUUUGAUGACCUGCCUCGGAUGCCCCAGCACGCCACGGGCCCCAGACUUGUUGGCGUGAAUGGCCACCGCCAAGUGUUCGGCCGGAGCACCAGCGAGCCUCCUUUCGGCGGCUCAUAUCAUGGAGCGAUGGCACAAGGCUACCCGUCGUCCUACAUGAUGGGCGCUCAAGGCUACCCAGUCAUGAUGGGUGCUGCGAAGUCGCGAUGGGCCGCCGACGACGACGGCUACUCGUUCCCAUCGUCACCUUUCGGCUUCGCUCCGUCCGAUUUUGCGAGCCCGCACGCUGGCCACAACUCGACCGUGCCGAACUAUGGGGAUGGCUACGCUGCAGAGUACCGCGGCAUGAAACCCUCCGACAAAAUGUUCAAGCCCCGUCCGUCAUACCCUCUGGUCGACCACCCCCUGUACGAACGCCAAGACUUCCAAAACUACAUGCCACGUCCGCAGAUGAUGCACAGACCCAAGGUCGGAGGCCCUCGUCGAGGUGAGUUCGAGUACUUCCACCCGGUCGCGCACUCAUACUCGUCCAACAGUCUGCUGGAGGAGUUCAACUCGGCGCCGAAGUCGGAGAAAUGGGGGCUGUCUUCCAUCAAGGGGCACCUCUUCAUCUUCGCCAAGGACCAGACGGGCUCGCGCUUCAUUCAGCAGAAGCUGGAGAAGGCCGACGAGCACGUGAAAGCCGAAGCAUUCAGCGAGAUCUACCCCAACUCGCUUUUGCUGAUGACGGACGUGUUUGGCAACUACGUGAUCCAGAAGUUCCUCGAGUACGGCUCUGCGGAUCAGCAGCACGCACUGGUGGAGUUGAUGACAAGCAACAUGAUCAGCCUGGCGCUGCAAGUGUACGGGUGCCGAGUGAUCCAGCGUGCCCUGGAAGUCACACGAGUUGAAGAGCAGCUCGCGCUGAUCCGGCAGCUGAAGGGCCACGUGAUGAAGUGCGUCGUGGACCAGAACGGCAACCAUGUUCUGCAGAAAUGCAUCGAGGCGGCAUCUUGGAAGAGAGCUGCCGAGUACAACGGACUGGGUCCUCAGCGUUUCGUGACGGGGGAGGACAUCCAGUUCAUCAUCGACAGCUUCAUCGGCCAUGCUGCAGCGCUCUCCACGCACUCGUACGGCUGCCGUGUGAUCCAGCGCGUGCUGGAGCACUGCGCGCCUGCCCAGAUCCGCCCGCUGCUGAAUGAAAUCAUCUACAAGUGCCGGGAUCUUGUCAAGGACCAGUUUGGCAACUACGUUGUGCAGCACGUCAUCAGCCACGGCGAGCCGGAUCAGCGGGACAUCGUUAUGCAGGCGGUGCUUCCUGAGAUCGCGCGCUGGAGUCAGCACAAGUACGCGAGCAACGUGGUGGAGUCCUGCCUGGAGCACGCAACAAAGGGUGAGAUCAGCCAGAUCGUCGACUUCAUUCUUCAGUGUGACGAGAGCGGAGCAUCCUGCCCACUGCUCCCCAUGAUGAAGCACAUGUACGGCAACUACGUGGUGCAGAAAUUGCUGGAACGCGCGGAUGACCACGACCGCCACCGCAUUGUAUGUAUAAUUCGACACAACGAGGACUACCUCAAGCGCUUCACGUUCGGGAAGCACGUUUUGAGCCGGCUGGAGCGCGAGGAGCAGGCGAGCAACUACUUUUGA